AUGUAUUCUUCAGAAUAUCAAGGUCUUCUCUCAAUAAACAUCGAACGCCAGGGAAUAAAUAUCUGUGAUUCAAUAUUUCGAUUUGUUUCAUUUCGAGUAUUCAACAUAACAAUGACUACCGCAUCUGACAAUCUAUCCAUAGUGUGGACUGAAGAAUCGGUUUCAAGUUCAUUUGAUACAAAUUCAUAUUCGGCAACAAGUAACAAUACAACGAAAGAACGACUCUCAUCAUCCAAACGAACACGAUAUAUGUUGCUAAUCAUGAUUGCUAUAGUCGUAUUGAUGAUAGUCGCGAUAGUAGUUGCUGCACUUUCAUUUCUUUACAUGAAUAAAGUAUCUACAACUGAACCAACGAUAGUAGCAAACGAUAAUCUAACAGCAUCAGCAUAUAGUCGAGCGCCAAUCAUAUACGAAGUCGGCGAAGGCGGUGAAAGUGGCCAUUCACCAUGCACAUCGUAUACAGCCAUCGACGAUCCACUACGCAACGUAGCUGCACCAUCAAUAGGAAGCGCUUGCGAUACAGGGCCUUUUUUUAACACAAGUAUCGGUGGACGAUGGAUUAGAUUCGUUGGUACUGGUGGCACCAUGAUACCUGUAACAUCGGUAGGAACUCAACAUUGUGGUGCCUAUCUAACAGCUUGGAUCAAUGGAACGUUACCAACCACAUCCAAUGUAAUUGUCAAUUCAACAGUAUGCAUAGAUAGUCUCAUAGGUACAUGUCUAGUAUCACUACCAGUAUCACUUAUCAAAUGCAACAAUUUCUAUGUCUACUUUCUACCACCCCUUCCAUUCUGUAAUGCACGUUACUGUACAGUUUAA